AUGUUCAACAUGAAGGUCCUCUUCUUCGCUUUCCUGCUCCUUGCCACUGAUGUGCUGGCCGCCCGCAUCAACUACAGCGCCAAGUACCACGACGGCAAGAAGGUCGCCCGUACUUCUAAGAACGGCGAAGUUGCCGACAACGUAGCGCAAUCCAUCCUAUCCGGAAUGCACACGUGGUCUGGCGGUGCCUACCAGGCCGGAAUGUCCAAGUACGGCUUCAUCCAGAUCACCAACUCUCAGGUCGCCGCAUCCAAGGGCGCAGCCAGCGCGCAGGUGCAGCAGAUGCAAACCCUCAUCCACCAGCACGCCACGGCCAGCGAAUAG